CUCUUUCACUCUUUAAUCAUACUAUUUGUUUGAUUAUAAAAUAUAUUUGAUAUCAAUAUAAUGGCUUCCAACAUUCUCCGUCGCACCUUUGCCACCUCCUCUUCUGCUAUCAGAAUUGGUCUGAUCCCCGCCGAUGGUAUCGGUAGAGAAGUCAUUCCUGCUGCUCAACGUGUUCUUGAAGCUCUUCCCAACGGUCCCAAGUUUGACUUUGUUCACCUCGAUGCUGGUUUUGAGCAUUUCCAAAAGACCGGUACUGCUCUUCCCCAGAGCACUGUUGACACCUUGAAGAACGAGUGUCACGGUGCCUUGUUUGGUGCUGUCAGCUCUCCUUCUCACAAGGUUGCUGGUUACUCUUCCCCUAUUGUUGCUCUCCGUAAGCACUUGGACUUGUAUGCCAACGUUCGUCCUGUCAUCUCUGUCAAGUCUGCAUCCACCCCCAACCAAAAGGAGUUGGACAUGCUUAUCAUUCGUGAAAACACCGAGUGCUUGUAUAUCAAGUCUGAGAGAAUCGAACAAGACCCCAAGACUGGUCUCAAGGUUGCCUAUGCUGACCGUAAGAUCUCAGAGUAUGCCUCCAAGCGUAUUGGUGCAAUGGCAUUCAACAUGGCCUUGACUCGCCAGAAGUUGCGUGAACAGAAGCCUUUGGCCCAGCGUUUCUGGAAGCAUGCCCCUCGCGUCACUAUUGUUCACAAAUCCAACGUUAUGAGUGUAACUGAUGGUCUGUUCCGUGAGACCGUUCGUGCUGUCAAGGAAUCAAACCCUGAGCUUUACAGUGGUGUGGAUAUGGAUGAGCAGCUUGUUGAUUCGAUGGUUUACCGCAUGUUCCGUGAGCCCGAGGCCUUUGACGUCGUUGUUGCCCCCAACCUUUAUGGCGACAUCAUCAGUGAUGGCGCUGCUGCCCUUGUCGGCUCCCUUGGUGUUGUUCCCUCUGCAAAUGUCGGUGACUCGUUUGUCAUGGGUGAGCCCGUCCACGGAUCUGCUCCUGAUAUUGCCGGAAAGGGUAUUGCUAACCCCAUUGCUGCCAUCCGCUCUGCCGGUCUCUUGCUCGAACACAUGGGCCACACUGCCCACGCCCUUGCCAUGUAUGACGCCGUAAAUGCUGUCCUUGCUGAUGCAUCUGUCCUCACCCCUGAUUUGGGUGGUAAGAGCUCUACCAACGAUGUUGUCGAGGCUGUUCUCAAGCACCUUUAAAAAAAGAAGUGUGUUUAUAAAACCAUGUUUUUUUUUGCUGAUUCACUUAUUCACUUACUCCCUCCCACCCACACACCCACACACACACACACUUAUCUUAAAAAAAAAGAAUAUCCCCUUACAUUCUACGUCUUGUAUUUUCCUUCACUCAACUCCAAUCUAUUACCCACCUCCAACCUUUCUCAUUUCCAGUACAUUUGUUUUUAUUUUUAUUUAUGCUUUUUAUAUAUUAAAGAAAAGGCACCAAAAGCAUAGACUCUUGACUAGUAUUUUUUUUAUCAAUAAUGUUGUAUCCUGAGAAACUUAAAAACUAAAAACUAAAAUAUCGAUUAUUUUAUAUAUAAAUAAAUAAAACUACAACAACAAGAAUCUUUUAAUACAGCUAUAUAAUGAGCCAAUAAAAGAUUUAAUAAUAGCAUUG